AUGACUGCACUUUCGUGCAAUGAGUAUCUAUUGAAUUUUCAGGCUGAUCUUGUGAAAACAUUAGUGCGAGCAGGCAAGACGUUGCUGGAUCACGGGGCUGUUAUUGAGGGUGUUGAAUCUCUUGGCUAUCGGGAUUUGCCAUACAAACGAAUUGCAAAGCAGACUCAUGAACCCGUCUAUUCAUCCAACUUUUUCCUAUUCCGCACACAUAUGUCCACAAAAGCCAGGGAUACCACGAAGUCGAUUUUCACUCAUGAUCUUGACAUGGUCCAUGUUGCGGUUGUUCCUGUCACUACACCAAAACCUGAAAAAUGUAAUCUGGAAGAAAUCUUGAAGCCUCCCGCAAAACGUCAGGCAGUCAAAGAACUUCGUGAAGGCCAGAAAAUGGGUCACUUCACCCGUCAGAUGAUCUACAAGCGGACAGAAAAAGAAUGGAAGAGCAUUCCGAAGAGUUUUUUUGAAUGGGCGAAUAUUACCUCAAAUCUGGACAAAUGUACCGGAAUAUGCCUUUUCUGGAAAUUGCAGGUUUUUCGAAUGGGCGAAUAUUACCUCAAAUCUGGACAAAUGACCCCCAUCUACAUUGACCUUCGUAGACUUAUUAGCCAACCCAAAACCCUGCGCAUGGCAGCACAAGUUCUCUGUGAUAUUAUCAAUGCAAAGGACCUCAAGUACGAUUAUGUUGUAGGAGUUCCAUAUGCUGCACUUCCGUUGGCUACUCAUGUUAGUGAUAUUCUCAAUGUGCCAAUGCUGAUGAAAGGCAAGGAGACCAAGUCUUACGGAACGAGAAAGGCUAUCGAGGGUAUUUAUACCCCGGGACACACGGCUCUUCUUAUCGAGGACGUUGUCACUUCAGGCGAAUCAAUUCGAGAAACAGCCGAAGCUCUUCGGGCUGAAGGGUUGAAGGUUACGGACGCGGUCGCUGUUUUGGACAGGCAGCAGGGAGCCACUGAAGGACUUGCUCGUGCUGAAAUAGAUUUUCAUAGUGCUUUGACAAUGGAAGUAAUCCUAGAUGGAAUGAUUGCGAAGAACGAAAUCACUGUCGAGAGGAAGCAUGAGAUUAUUGAACAUUUGAAGAAACCGUUCAAAAGAGUUCCUUCUGACAAAGACGUCCGUAGUAAAGCAUCUCGUACGAUUCGUUCAAGCGCUGAUGCUGUCGCAUACUUUGAUGCCAAUCAUCGCGUUCGCGGCUACGACAUGCAGGUACAACGAGCGCAUGCGUUGUCGUGGAAUUGUGAUGGAUCCCGUUUAGCGUGUGGAUCACAGGAUCGACGAGUUUCAGUGGGAACCGUGGAUUCCUCAUGUCGUGUUAAGUGCACAUUUGUUGGACAGGGUCAUGAUGACUCAGUUGAUCAGGUAGCAUUUCAUCGAACAAAUCCCAACCUUCUGGCAUCUGCUAGCACAGAUAAAUCCAUUAUUAUAUGGGAUAUUCGCCAGCAGAAAACUCAUACCCGUCUGUCUACGCGAGCCGCAAAUUUAUACGUGACAUGGUCACCAUGUGGGAGAUACCUGGUUUAUGGAGACAAGGAGGAUCGGCUUCACGUAAUAGAUGGGAGAACGUUGAGCACUUUGAAGGUUAUUUCAAUCUUCCUGUUGUUAGAGAGAGAGAAUUCCGCUAUAUUUCUCAGUUUCAGAUGCUACGUGACUGUGCGCUCCCUCUCACCGUGGUCCGCUCCAGCUCGAUGA